CUCGUCCUGGUCUGUUGUCUAAGCGUGCCAACCUUUUCUAACUUACUACUUGUAUCUACUCCUGCUCCUACGAGUACUUCACACACGCUACCUCACCAACAAAAACCAUCCUCCCUCGUUUUCCCUUUCUUCUAAAAACCCAUCCUCCUAUUCCUUGUUCCUUCGUUACAUCAUUGCCUUACCAGCCAUCGUUCGGCCUUCAUCUUUCCCUCCCUCUCCAUCCGUUUCAUAGUCCAUUCGAAGCUCACCACCGCCUGCCCCUGGACAGCUUCACAUCAUGGCCUACCAAGGACCUGGUGGUUAUGGGGAUCCUCAUGCAGGACGUGGCUACGACGAGCCCCCACACCGACAACAAGGUGAUGAAGAAGACGUUCAGCGUUCGUUGCUCGGUCACAACCCUACCGGAACUCAGCAGGGUCCAUUCGACGACCACCAUGGCGUCUACGGCGGUGCAUCCGAUGUUCGCCCUCAGAGCACAUACAGCUUGACCGAGACAUAUGCCUCCGACACACCCACUCGAUAUCCCGGCCAGGCACAUGAUGGCUCCUCCGAUGUUUACUCCGCGACUGGAGGCUACGACCCAGCCUCUGAGUUCGGGGCUCCACACCGUGCUCCCUCGCCAUAUGCCAGGAGCGAGACCAGCUCAACAGAGGCCUGGAGACAGCGACAGCAGCCCGGCGGCGGUGCCGCGGGUGGCUUGAAGCGUGGAAUGACCCGUAAGGUCAAGCUCGUUCAGGGCUCCGUCCUCAGUGCCGACUACCCCGUGCCCAGCGCCAUCCAGAAUGCUAUCCAGGCUAAGUACCGCAACGAUCUCGAGAGUGGAAGCGAGGAGUUCACCCAUAUGCGAUACACCGCCGCAACUUGCGACCCCAACGAUUUCACCCUAAAGAAUGGCUACAAUCUACGACCCGCCAUGUACAACCGUCACACCGAGUUGCUCAUUGCUAUCACCUACUACAACGAAGACAAGGUCUUGACUGCGCGAACCCUCCACGGUGUCAUGCAGAACAUUCGCGACAUUGUCAACUUGAAGAAAUCUGAGUUCUGGAACAAGGGUGGUCCAGCUUGGCAAAAGAUCGUUGUCUGCUUGGUUUUCGACGGUAUCGACCCCUGUGACAAGGGUACUCUCGAUCUCCUUGCAACCGUUGGUGUCUACCAGGAUGGUGUCAUGAAGCGUGACAUUGACGGCAAGGAGACUGUCGCUCACAUCUUCGAGUACACCACGCAAUUGUCGGUCACUCCAAACCAGCAGUUGAUCCGUCCCCAUGACGACAGCGCCAGCACUCUUCCCCCGGUCCAGAUGAUGUUCUGUUUGAAGCAGAAGAACAGCAAGAAGAUUAAUUCUCACAGAUGGCUUUUCACCGCAUUCGGCCGCAUCUUGAACCCGGAAGUCUGCAUCUUGCUUGAUGCUGGUACCAAGCCUGGUACCAAGUCUCUCCUUGCUCUUUGGGAAGCCUUCUACAACGACAAGGAUCUCGGAGGUGCCUGUGGUGAGAUCCACGCUAUGUUGGGAAAGGGAUGGAAAAACCUCCUCAAUCCUCUUGUUGCGUCCCAGAACUUCGAGUAUAAGAUCUCCAACAUUCUCGACAAGCCCCUGGAAUCGUCCUUCGGUUACGUGUCCGUGUUGCCCGGUGCUUUCUCCGCCUACAGAUUCCGUGCCAUCAUGGGAAGACCGCUCGAGCAGUACUUCCACGGUGACCACACCCUUUCCAAGAUCCUCGGAAAGAAGGGUAUCGAGGGCAUGAACAUUUUCAAGAAGAAUAUGUUCUUGGCUGAGGAUCGUAUCCUCUGCUUCGAGUUGGUUGCAAAGGCUGGCUCUAAAUGGCAUCUUACCUACGUGAAGUCCUCCAAGGGCGAGACUGAUGUACCGGAAGGCGCUGCUGAAUUCAUUGGCCAACGUCGUCGUUGGCUUAACGGUUCGUUCGCUGCCAGUAUCUACUCUCUGAUGCAUUUCGGUCGUAUGUACAAGUCUGGCCACAACAUCAUUCGCAUGUUCUUCUUCCACAUCCAGAUGUUGUACAACACCUUCACCGUCUUCCUCUCCUGGUUCGCUCUGGCUUCCUUCUGGCUCACUACCUCCGUUAUCAUGGAUCUUGUCGGUAAUCCCAACCCGGAUACUAAUCGUCAUGGCUGGCCCUUUGGUGAUAAAGCUACGCCAAUCCUGAACCUCGUCCUCAAGUACCUCUACCUCGCCUUCCUCGGUCUUCAAUUCAUUCUCGCCCUUGGUAAUCGUCCCAAAGGUUCCAGAUGGUCUUACAUGCUGUCCUUUGUCGUUUUCGCGCUCGUCCAAUUCUACAUCAUCAUCCUGUCGAUGUACCUCGUGGUCCAAGCUUUCACGAGCGGAAAAUCCGUUGGUCUCAACACCGAUGGCAGUGCCGGCGAUUUCGUUGAAUCGUUCUUCUCUUCCGACGGUGUUGGUAUCAUUCUCAUUGCUUUGGCUGCUACCUUCGGUCUCUACUUCGUCGCCUCGUUCUUGUACCUUGACCCAUGGCACAUGUUCACUUCUUUCCCGCAGUAUCUUCUGGUCAUGUCAUCGUACAUCAACAUCCUCAAUGUCUACGCUUUCAGCAACUGGCAUGAUGUGUCCUGGGGAACCAAGGGUGCUGAUAAGGCCGAUGCUCUCCCAUCUGCGAAGACCGAGAAGGCUUCUGACGGCAAGCACACGGUUAUCGAGGAGCCUGAUCUACCGCAGGCCGAUAUUGACAGCCAGUUCGAGGCCACAGUGAAGCGUGCUUUGGCCCCUUACGUUCCACCCGUCGAGAGCACCGAGAAGACACUCGAGGACUCGUACAAGUCUUUCCGUACCCAUCUCACGACUUUCUGGAUCUUCUCCAAUGCAACCCUCGCGGUCGUCAUCACCCAAGACAGCUUCAGUCGUCUUGGUUUCUCGUCCGAUGCCAAUGAGCGUACCGCCCGUUUCUUCCAGGCCCUACUCUGGGCAACUGCAUUCCUCUCCCUCAUCCGUUUCAUUGGCUGCCUGUGGUUCUUGGGCCGCAGCGGUCUUUUCUUCUGCGUCAGGAGGCGAUAAACGCACAUCUCCUCUCGCGCCGCGCAAUCUAACUAGACGGAGUCUACCAACGGCCGUGUUGCAUUAUCAAUGCUUCGAUUCCCACGAUCUCAAUUCCGAUCUUCAAGUGCUGGCGUUUUGGUAUGCUCGACUCCAGCAGGCUGGCUGCUGAGUAGUCUGAAUAUUUGGUAAAGAGAAAAUUUGAUUUUUUGAGAGUUGCCGGAGACGGAGAAAUCUUCAUGACCUGUACUAUUCCACCCAGCGGCAUCUGAGGCACCUUAUAUUCCCUUGUUCAAACACUUUUUUCAUCAUCCUACACAGGAGCAUUUCCAAGACGCCCUUCGAAAUUGGACCAUAUCUCCAUGUACAAUUUGCGGGCAUUCUCGAGGUGGGCUUAGUUCUGGGCAUGGAUGUUUGAAUUAAGGAGGGCCUUUUUCUUUUGAAUUAUACAAGUACUUUAACGACUGAAAUACAAUGGUG